GGCAGUUACAGAACAGGACUCAAGCUAACAAAGAGAGAGCAAGCACUUGUGCUUAUUCCCAAACAGAGACGCAACCAAAGAGGACAGUGAAGAUGAAGACUGCAGCAGCAGCCCUGGUGCUCUGCACAGCCAUCCUGCUGGAGUCAGCUGCUGCCUUCCCCACCUUCGAGAGGAAAGGGACAGCUGGGAAGGAGAAGAGGGCGCAGUUCGCCGCCUGGGACGAUGUCAACGUGAUCGCCCACGGGCUCCUGCAGCUGGGCCACGGCCUCAAGGAGCACGUGGACAAAACCAAGGGCCAGAUCCGGGAGAUCUUCGCCAAGCUGAAGUCCUUCAACGGCACGGUGGCCGAGCUGGGCAGGCAGACCCAGAAGCUGCAGGAGGACAGCGUGGUCCUGGGCGCGGACGCCCAGAGCCUGAAAUACACCGAGCUCACCGUCCUCAGCCUCUCUGCCGAGCUGAGGGAGAAGGCAAGGAAGAUGCAGAGAGAGAGUCAGAAAGUCCAGGACAGGAUGAGCCAGCUGGAAGAGAAAGUGAGCGGGCUGCUGAGAGAUCAGGGACCAGGCAGCAGCAACGCCAACGUCAGUACCAGUGGCAGUGAUGUCCGGAUCAUCCAGUCGGUGGUGGAAGCGCAGAACCAGCGCAUCGAUGAUCUGGUGGAAAGGAUCAGACAACAGCAGGACAAGCUGGACAAGCAGAACAUCCGAAUCCGGAACCUGCAGAACCAGAUCGAUCAGGGCAGAGCGGCGAGUCCCGGCCUCAGAAGCUUCCUCAAGCGCAAAGUGGUGGAAGUGGCGCGGGACGCCAGCACCGAGCAAGCCGACUCCCCUGCCGACAUGGCCUCUGACUGUCACGUGCUGUUCCUGAGGGGAGAGAGAAGAAGUGGGGUCUACACUGUCCAGCCUAUCAACUCUCAGCCCUUCCAGGUCUACUGUGAAAUGACAGCUGAAGGUGGACAGACAGUUGUUCAAAGGCGUCAGGAUGGCUCAGUGGAUUUUGAUCAACCCUGGCAGGCCUACAAGAAUGGCUUCGGCAGUCUGGAUGGUGAAUUCUGGCUGGGACUGGAGAAGAUUCACGCCUUGUCAAAGCAAGGAAGUUAUGUCCUGCACGUGGAGCUGACAGACUGGGACGACAAAGCGCAGAGCAUCCAGCUCCCCUUCCAACUAGACGGGGAAGGGACCAACUACUCCCUCCACCUUCAGGAGCGGCCACUGGGAAGCGUGGAGAGCGCACUGAGCAGCGAGCCCUCUGGCCUGCCGUUCUCCACCCAAGACAGAGACAACGACAGCAAGCUGGACAUGAACUGCGCCAAGCACCUCACCGGUGGCUGGUGGUUCAGCAACUGUGGCCGGUCCAAUCUGAACGGGAGGUAUUUCCAGAACAUCCCACGCCAGAGGCACGAGAGGAAGCAGGGCAUGUUUUGGAAGACCUGGAGGGGGCGCUAUUAUCCUCUGAAGUCCACCCUCAUGAAGAUUGCCCCCGUCGAGACCGAAUACGACUUGUAAGGGAGGGCGGCUGCGCCUCUCGGAGGAGCCGGAUUCGAUUUUGUGUUGGACCGA